AUGGACACCUCCACGGGAGCCGGAGAUGCCGUCGGGGACUCCGAUCGCUUCGAUCUGUCAAGCAAAGAUCGCGAGUUUUACACCCAGCAGCGAGCCGAGCAGGUGCUCGCGCCUUUGAUGGCGAAAGGGGCGAGUUUCUCCAAGGUCAAGCUCAGCACAAAGAGCUUCGGCAUCGACGCUGCGAAGGUGGUGACUAAGGCUUUCGCGAACAUUGCCUCAACCCUGAAGGAAGUUGACCUGAGUGACAUCAUCGCCGGCCGCCCUGAGGAAGAGGCUCUGAAGGCGAUGGAGAUAAUCACUGAAGCCACUUUGUGCGCCAAAAUUACCUCCGUGGAUCUCAGCGAUAAUGCCUUUGGCGAAAAGGGUGUCCGCGCGUGCACGAAGAUGCUGCAGCAGCAGAGCGGCAUCGAGGAGAUUUCGUUCAUGAACAACGGCAUCUCAGAGCAAGCCGCGGCCGCCAUCCUGGAGCUCUUGGCGUCUCCUCAGUCCCUUAAGAAGUUCCAUCUCGACAAGAACAUGACGGGCGAUGAUGGGACUGCACACGUUGGAAAACUUCUCGAGAAGGCGCCCGGGAUGCAGGAUUUCAAGAUGGCUGGCUCCCGGUUCACCUCCGAGGGUGCAAAGUUCCUCGCCAAGGGUCUUUCAGCAGGCGCGUCGCUCGUGAAGUUGGACCUCACUGAUAACAACGUGAACGAGGAAGGUGGCUUUGCCCUGGCUGGUAUGCUUUUCAAGCAGCCAAACCUCAAGCACGUGAACCUGGAGGCAACGAGCCUUGGGCCGAAAGCCGCAAUACAGGUCGCUCAGGCGCUGGCUUCUGGCUGCCCACAGCUGGAGUACCUUAACCUCAACGCCUGUGAUAUUACUCCGGAGGGAGUACCACAGGUGGCUCAGGCCAUCUCGGCCAUGAAAAACCUGAAGACGCUCAAAAUCUCGGAGAACGAACUCGGGGAUCUUGGUGUCGCGCAAAUUUGUGUCGCGCUUAAGAUGGCUGGCUGUCCAGUUGUGGAGCUGGACGUCAGCACAAACGAGUUGGUGGAGAAGGGUGCUGUUGCGGCUGCAAAGCUGGCAGCCUCCAGGGCGGGCUUCACAUCUCUCAACUUGGAUGGCAACUAUAUCUCCGACGAGGGCGUGGAGGAGGUUAAAUCGAUCAUGGAAGGCGCGGGUAUCGCCUCGGCCCUGAUGCCAAUGGAGGAGAACGAUGCGGACAUGGCUGAUGAUGUGGAUGAUGACAACGCGGAGGGCCUGGACAACUUGCUCGCCCACCUGAAGCUGUAG